CAAAGCAGGAAGGAAGGCAGGCAGAGAGGGAAGGGAGACAGGCUGUGAAUGCUAACAAGCCCCGUCGUAAUCAUACAGUUCCGUAGGUAGGGUUUAAUAAAAACGUCUUGCAAUGGAGAGGAACCACGACCACUAUUAAACACCUACUAUGCGCCAGUGCCGCCUUCGCCCUGUGCGCGUGCAGCAGGCUCACCGUCGUCGGAACGUUUGAUCUGAAAAAUCGUCUUUUUCCGCUGAGUGAAAUGUAUCGCGACUGCUCGGGACUCACAUUCUGACAAUGGAGAUUGAAAAUAUCGUGGCCAACACGGUUCUCCUGAAGGCGAGGGAAGGUGGAGGAGGGAAGCGGAAUGGUCGCAGCAAGAAAUGGAAAGAGAUGCUCAAACUCCCCCACAUCAGCCAGUGUGAGGAGCUACGCCGCACUAUCGAUAGGGACUACACCAGUCUAUGUGAGAAGCAGCCCAUUGGCCGGCUGUUGUUCCGCCAGUACUGUGACACCAGGCCAGAGCUGAAGCGCUGCAUCGAGUUUAUGGACACUGUGGCCAUGUACCAGCUCGCUCCCGACGAGAAGAGGAGGGACUGUGGACUGAAUGUUUUAGACACAUACUUUAAUAAUGGGUCGGCAGCCCAUCUGCCAGACGUUCCCCAGGAGGUGGUGGCUGGGUGUCGGGAGAGGCUGGAGCAGAGUCCAUGUAAGGAGCUCUUCAAUGACUGCACCAAAAUAGUUCGUGAUUAUCUGAGUGGAGCUCCAUUUUCCUCCUUCCAAGAGUCCAUGUACUUCUCUCGCUUCCUGCAGUGGAAAUGGUUGGAGAGGCAACCAGUAACCAAAAAUACCUUCAGACAUUACAGAGUACUAGGAAAAGGUGGAUUUGGCGAGGUUUGUGCCUGCCAAGUACGUGCCACCGGUAAGAUGUACGCCUGUAAAAAGCUGGAAAAGAAACGAGUGAAGAAAAGAAAAGGUGAAGCAAUGGCACUAAACGAAAAACGAAUUUUAGAAAAAGUUAACAGUAGUUUUGUAGUUAGCCUAGCAUAUGCGUAUGAGACCAAGGAUGCGCUGUGCCUGGUGUUGACCAUAAUGAAUGGCGGCGACUUAAAGUUCCACAUCUACAACAUGGGCAACUCGGGCUUCGACGAGCAGAGGGCCAUCUUCUACGCUGCUGAGAUCUGCUGUGGCCUUGAGGACCUGCACCGUGAGAGGAUAGUCUACAGGGAUUUGAAACCUGAAAACAUCCUUCUGGAUGAUCGUGGACACAUCCGAAUUUCAGACCUCGGCCUUGCUGUUCAAAUCCCUGAAGGAGAGACGAUACGAGGGAGAGUGGGCACUGUUGGAUACAUGGCUCCCGAGGUGAUCCAGAACGAGAGCUACACCGUCAGCCCGGACUGGUGGGGGCUGGGCUGCCUGAUCUUCGAGAUGAUACAGGGACAGUCGCCCUUCCGCAAGCGCAAAGAGCGCGUCAAGCGGGAGGAGGUGGACAGGAGAGUGCGCGAGGACCAGGAGGAGUACUCUGAUAAAUUCGUAGAGGAGGCGAAGGACAUCUGCAGACAGCUCCUGGCCAAGGACCCCAAGCAGCGGCUCGGGUGUCAGGGUCGAGGGGCCGUAGAGGUCAAGCAGCACCCCAUCUUCAGAAACAUCAACUUCAAACGGCUGGAGGCCAACAUGCUGGACCCACCCUUCAGCCCUGAUCCUCGAGCCGUGUACUGUAAAGACGUCCUGGACAUCGAGCAGUUCUCCACCGUCAAAGGCGUGAACCUUGACCCCACGGACGACGACUUCUACCACAAGUUUGUCACAGGCAGCGUCUCCAUCCCGUGGCAGAACGAGAUGAUUGAGAUGGAGUGCUUCAAAGAAAUCAAUGUCUACGAGACUGACGGGACGCUGUGCUCAGACCUGGACGUGAACCGGCCUAACCCUCCACCAAAGAGAGGCUUCUUCUACCGCCUGUUUAGAAGAGAGGCAAGUGCUAGUGCUCCGGCAACUGUACGAGGGGGUGGGGGCUAAGGUCUGUUUUAAGAGCGGUUACAGUGACGACGAGAUCGAAGAGCCCUCGCGACUUUAAACCACUCCCUCCUCCACCCGCCUCUUUCUCCUCCUCCUCCUCCCCCCCACCCUUCGCCGCUGAACUUCACCACAAACUCCAACAGAGCGCAAAUCUUAGGAACUCAGUGAAUGUUGACCUGUAUUUAUGAGCUGUAUUAAAAGUGUAUUAUAAUUAAAGAAAAAAGUAUGAGUUUAAAGAUUUUGUACAUUUGUACUUGAAUUUAUGUCUAGAUGUAUAUUUUCACUAAAGGUUGUAUUGUACAAAAAGCCAUAAAAGUACCACUUGAAUGCAUACAUUACGUUUUUAUUUCCUUUUAUUUUAUUUUAAUUUUCUUUUGGAAUGGAUCCAUGUUUAUUGGGGAGUUUUUUUAAAAGAAGUACAGUACCAGUAAGUUUUUUUUUUUUUUUUUUAAAUGUAGCAUAAAGCCUUUUUGUUUUUAUAUGUGCUGUAUGUUUGUGUUUGUUAGCACAUCGGUUCCUAAACUAACCCCUCAGCCUCUGCACCCUUCAAGGCUCAGGUAGAUCUGAACGAAGCGCAUAGAUCCUAAUGAUAUGAGGGGGGAAAGGAAUCUAGUCUAGCAGUGUUUUGAUGCCAUGCUUCUUAUGCCUUCCCAUGUGUUUCCCUAUCUCCACCUGCCCCUUAGAUUUAAACCGGUUCGGAUAUGAUAACCCUCAUCUUCCCCUCUGGACUGUAUGGCAUGUGAUAUAAAACCUACUGUACAUGCCGACUUAAUUCAGGCAGUGAUGGAUUUAUUUCUGACAAUCUUUUUGUCAGCAUGUGCAAACAUUUAGUAUAUUUCAAGGAGGCUUUUUUUCGGAACACAGGGCAUUCCUAGGCCUCCAAAAGAUCUCCUUUGAUCUGCCAAACGCUUGGAUCGUGUGCCCUUCAGGAGCACACCUGUUAAGUAAAAGUCUGUUACAUUAUUCACUCAGGCAAAACCUUUUUUGUCCCUUGGUUCCCCUUCCUGUUAUAACUUAUUUUAUUUUGUACAACCUGGCUUUCCUUAGUUUCGUGUUUUCUUAGUUUUCUUGUUAUUAUAAACGGAAGUCCUUCCCCUUGAAGUAUCCCGGUAAUCUAUAAUUUGUUGACAGGUUUACUGGCGAAUAAGAGAGAAAAUAGAUAAUGACGAUGAUGAUGAUGAUGUUGGCACUGUAUAAAAAAUCUGAACUGCAGCUGACAAGGGCAUCAUCUAGAUAACAAAUUGCUGUUGCAUAAAACUAACUUCCUUUGAUUCUGCUCUUAGCAGCUAUUAGCCUCUGCGCUAAGUCACGAUACUGUGCCUGUUGAUCGUAGAUAGCUAAUAUCCCGCUAGUAGAACUCAUGUUUAGCUUUAGCUGAGUUUGUGCUAAAUGAAAACAUUACUAUUAGCGCCCAUCAUUGAAAUCUUGUAUGUUGUUCUGUCAUAGGAACAGCUUUACACAGAUGUUUUUGUGUGUAGAGAGGAAGAAACGUAUCGAGUUACCAUCAUCUGUGUACAGGAACACUUGCAGAACCACAGUUGUGUGCAUUUUUUCAACCAUGAAAUAAGUGUUUUCUUCCAAUCGUGAACAAAUACAUUUACUGCGCAUUUCCCAGCAUGUUUCCAACUGUCUGUCCUCAUUUGAUUUUCAGAGACAAUUGAAGCUAUUUUGCUUUUGAAUUUUUGCUUUUGAGGCAGUUGCUGUUUACUCUCCCCACCACCUGUUUUUAAUGCUGUGAAUACCCAAUCUGGACAUGUUGGCUCUGUGUGUGUGUGUGUGUGUGUCUGUGUCUGUGUCUGUAUGUGUGUGUAUUACAUUGUAUGCAAAUGCAGCUUCUGUUCAAUCCAAUGCAUCAAAGUACAACCAUACAAUAGUUCAAAUCACGUAGAGAUUUGAAUGUCACUCAUUUGAAAUUCAACCAUUGAAGACAUUUAAAAAUAGUACGUGUAUAAUUCUCAAUCUGGUUAACUAGUUGGCUUUUUGAAAAAAUAAAAUUGUCCCCUGUUGCACAUUC